UUUAAACAGGAUGAGGCAGAAACACCCAAGAUCUGAUAGGAAGAGGUACUGUAACAUUUUACAUCCUGCGCCUCAGCAUGGACUUUGACUACCAAAAAAUUAAAGAUGCUGAAUCUCAGCAGAGAGAAGAGCGACUGAGCGCUUUUUCUGUCCAUCACCCAAUACCAAAGCCCCGUCCAUCUGUAGCUCCAGAGAACAAUCCCACAACCAAGAAACCUCCAGUAAAACCCCGGCGGAGCAUAAAGUGUCGUCCCGCAGCACAACAAGAGGUCGAGCAAUUACACCAGGGCCAGCAGAAGGAAAAUGAGCCGACAGUGAAGCGAAUAGAUCCUGCUCUGGUUUUGGGUCCCGUGGGGCCCCUGGAGGCCCUGACUUCGUCUCUGCGAGCUCACACUCUGCUGUGGUUUGAAAGGACGCAGCUGCCUCGACUGCACACACCCGGACAGCCUCUCCCCUGCUGGCUCCAUGGUUUCGCUACACGCAGGGAAGCGGAGCAGCUGCUGGAGGAUAAGCCACAAGGCUGUUUCCUGUUGAGACUCAGCGAGUCAAAGAUAGGCUUUGUGCUGUCUUACAGAGGAGAGGACAGAUGUCGUCAUUUUAUCAUUGAAGAGGAGGAGAGUGGAGCAUCUGGUAGUGUAUUUCUAAUUGCUGGAGAAAACAGCCGUCAUAGAAGCCUGGACAACCUAAUCAGCUACUACACCCAUAAUCAUGUGGGACCCUUUAAUGAGUUGUUGACUGUGCCUUGUACGGAGACUAGUGGUGGCUUUAAGGACAUGAAUAGGUGGAAGGUGAAGGACAGGGAAGCAGAGAGAAAUGGAAAAGAAACAGAUCAAGAGGAGCUGACAAAACUGCCCAUGGCCAUCGGUCCAGCUGUUCUGAUUCCACUACCCACAAACCCCUGCAAUCAGAUCACUUCUGCUACAGGAGAGUCUGUGCAGUAUGCAGCAGUGAGAAAGCCACUUAAAAAGAGCUACUCGUUGCCAGAGUGCAACUGUGGACCUAACACAGCGCCUCCUAGCUUAGAAAAUGGCAGUUCUGAGCUUGCUGAAAGACCCUCAGAUGAUCAAGCUCCUCCUGUGGAUGCACCAUAUGCCCGAGUUAACAAACCCCCUAGAGCAGUAGGCCUAUCAGAAAAUACCCCCAACUUCAGUGCCCACCCUCACCCAGACCAACAGGGAGCAACAGCUGCUUUUACCUCUUCAUCCAUCCCAAGCUUUGACACAACAGCAGCAGACAAUAAGUACUGGCAACUGGAGCCCAUGCACACCUAUGAGGAAACCCCACACAUACGCAGCCGUCCUGAGGAGAUUGACUGCUACGCCAUGGGGUGGAGGAGGCAGGUGGAAGGAGAUGUAGUGAACCUUCCAAAUAAUCAUCUGUAUUCAGAGGUGAACAUUAAGGGCGCCCAAGGCGGCGGUGCUGUACCAAGACCCGGGCCUAGUCUUCCUCUUAGACCACCCCCAAGAUCUCCUCAUGAUCUUUUGCGACCAGAGAUCACUGGGCAGAGUUUUGGUGUGUCCCCACUAAUGGCUCAGACCCAGUACUCUGGUUUCCAUCAUUCAGAGCAGCCACAUCUGGAGUCCUCCAGCUCUAUUUAUGAGCAGAUUCCACAGAGAUCUACCAGCUCUAGACCAUCUCUGCCCCCACCAAUCCACAAACGCUGACCUCAUGGUUGUAUAGACCUCUAAACUCAAAGGAGCAUUUAGUUCACACACUUGAUAAAAUAAAUUUAGAAAACAGCAUAGUGAUAAACAUUAGGAUGGCAUGCAUAUCUGUACCAAUUACUUAUAACUUGUAUAUACAUUUAUAACUUAACUUAUAACUGCAGGCUUGUGAAUACGGACCUCCCUGUGGAGGUCUUAGGCAUGAUCUGUGAACAUCAAGGGAUUGAUCAUUUAACUCGAUUCAAUGAAAAAUAUACAUCCAGAUUCAGUCACUAAUUCAAAGAUUUAAAUACACAGUAGAUUUUUUAUUUUUAAUUAAACAAUUCAGAUUGCUUUCUA